AUGUCGAUAACCGCAUGGAGAGCACUUUUGACGGUGCAGUUUUUCCUCACUUUGGCCACCAACGCUGUUCCAACACCCGUCUCACAUGCUCUCAACACGACGUCCUCCUCCACACAAACGCCGACUUGCGCUCAUAGCAGCCUGAACCGUGGAUGUUGGGACAACGGCUUCAGCAUCAACGACGACUUCGAUCAAUACCAUCCAGCCACAGGCAAAACGGUCGAGUACAGCCUUGAGAUUACGAACAGCACUUGCAACCCAGAUGACCACGGUGCACGAAUCUGCAUGCUGGUCAACGGUCAAUACCCUGGACCAACUCUGCGAGCGGCAUGGGGAGAUCAAAUGAUCGUACAUGUCAAGAACAGCAUGCAGGAUAAUGGCACUACGAUACACUUCCAUGGCGUCAGGCAGUUGGACACGAACGCCGCUGAUGGGGUGCCUGGUGUUGCGGAGUGCCCUAUAGCGCCUGGCAAAGAGAGAACGUACGUGUUCAAUGUGACUCAGUUCGGGACUGGGUGGUAUCAUUCGCAUUUUUCUGCACAAUACGGGGAUGGCGUUGCAGGACCGAUUGUGUUCGAUGGUCCGGCGACUGCGAACUAUGAUAUCGAUUUGGGACCUUACCCUGUCAAUGAGUGGUACUACCGCACAGCCUGGCAAGCAAGUUCGCUUGCCAUUCAGGCCAUACAGACGAUCGGCAAGCCACCUGCGGCCAACAACAUGCUCGUCAAUGGGACGAACGAGAGUGCGAAUGGAACAGGGACAUAUAACCAAGUCACUAUCGAGCAAGGCAAUCGAUACCGUCUGCGAAUUAUCAGCAUGUCCGUGGAUAACUACAUGCAUGUCUCGUUGGACGGGCAUCGAAUGGAGAUCAUUGCUGCGGACUUUGUACCCAUCAAACCCAUCUUUGUGGAGUGGAUCUUCCUUGGGGCAGGCCAGAGAUACGAUGUGAUCAUCACGGCAAAUCAGCAACCAGCAAGCUAUUGGUUCCGCACUGAAGUCGCGAAAGAAUGCCGCAACAAUAAUGACUGGCACGGUCGAGCCAUCUGGUCCUACUCGGGUUUACCCACGAGAACUCCAAACAGCACAGCCUUUCCCGAGCCCACAGACUGCCUUGAACCUACCCCACUAACUCCUUACUGGCCUCAGACAGUGCCCCCAAAGCAACAACUGGGCACCCUCCAAGUCAACACAACUCACGCCGUGACCGAUUACUCCAACAACGACUCCAUGGUCGUCUGGGCGCUGGGCCAAACAAUCGAUGUCAAUUGGUCUGAACCCACGCUUUCCUACAUCCACUCGAAUACCACUCAAGCCCUUCCCUCAUUGUACAACGUCCUACCGACAGCUCCCUCAGGAGCCUGGAACUACUGGCUCAUCCAACAACCACCCAACACGACCAUCUCCGCCAUUCCACAUCCGAUCCACCUCCACGGGCACGACUUCUUCGUGCUCGGCCAAGGAAAUACGACGUGGGAGGGUAAUAUGACCAAAUUGAACUUCGAGUCGCCGACGAGGAGGGAUACCUCGACAAUUUAUGGGAAUGGGUAUCUCGCGAUCGCGUAUCGGUCGGAUAACCCGGGAGCGUGGCUGAUGCAUUGUCACAUUGCGUGGCACAUUAACGAGGGCUUUGGUGUGCAGUUUUUGGAGGCACCGGAGGAGAUCAAGGGGCUGGAUGGGAGGGGCUUUGGGGAGGAGUGUGAGGCUUGGAGUGACUACUAUGAGGGGGCGGAUUGGAGGAAAAUGGAUUCGGGGCUGUGA